GGAACCCGAAGGGAGGGGGAAGGGAGCGGGGCUUCUCUUGGGAAAGAGAGAGAAAAGAACAAGAGGAAGGCAGCAGAAAAGUUACCUCCAUUGAUUGCAAACAGAGCCAUGGCACACAGUGCGAAACCCACCGGAUUCAUGGCUGGUGACAGCCAGCCGGGCGGCUUCCUGGUGUCCAUCAAGCAGGAGAAAGGGGAGAAGCCACGCACAGAGGAAGAGCCGGCGAAGAAGCGGGGCUGGCCCAAAGGCAAGAAGCGGAAGAAGGUCCUCCCCAAUGGGCCGAAAGCCCCCGUGACAGGUUAUGUCCGCUUCCUGAAUGAGAGGCGGGAGCAGAUCCGCACGCAGCGCCCGGACCUGCCCUUCCCCGAAAUCACCAAGAUGCUGGGAGCUGAAUGGAGCAAGCUGCAGCCAACCGAUAAGCAGCGCUACCUGGAUGAAGCUGAGCGUGAGAAGCAGCAAUACAUGAAAGAGCUGCGGGAAUAUCAGCAGUCGGAAGCUUAUAAGAUGUGCGCCGAGAAGAUGCAGGAAAAGAAGAUCAAGAAAGAGGAUGCUGGACCCGGAGGCUUGAAUACUUUACUGAAUGGAUAUAAGACCGGUGAAGGUGGCAGUGACGGCUUCUCCUCUUUCGAUGUCCCCAUUUUUACAGAGGAAUUCUUGGACCAGAACAAAGCCCGGGAGGCGGAGCUGCGGCGCCUGCGGAAGGCGAACACAGAGUUUGAGGAGCAGAACGCGCUGCUGGAGCGCCACACACAGAGCAUGAGCUGCGCCAAGGAGCGGCUGGAGCAGGAGCUGGCAGCCGAGGAAAGGCAGGCGCGGGACCUCCAGGCGCAGCUCCAGGCCGUGCGGCAGGCCCUGGCACGCAGCUUUGCCAGCCUGCCCCUCCCAGGAACUGGGGAGACCCCAACCCUUAACACCUUGGAUUUCUAUAUGGCCAAGCUCCACAGUGCUAUUGAAAGCAACCCAGUUCAACACGAGCGGCUGGUGGUCCGGGUGAAAGAGAUUCUGUCCCGCAUUGCAAGUGAACAUCUAUGAACGGAUUCAUUCUAUGCUAUCCAGACUCGCUUCUCCUCGCCUUUUAGAUUUAUUUGCCUUCAUUAUCAAUCAAUACAGAACGUGAAUUAUAUAUCAAUAGGCAGAGAUCAAUGUAUUUAUUAGCACUCUUUUCUUAAAGAAACUUUUCCUUUUCAAUUAAAAAAAUAUUCCUGUUUAAUGUAGUUACAGCUUUCUUUCUCAUCAACUUUCCUGUGCAAUGUAUGGAGGGGGAGAUCUAUAUAUACAUAUAUAUAUAUUAGCAAUUUAAUAAGAAGUAGUUCUAUUUCUUCUAUGUCUUUUCUAAAAUAAAGGGAAAAUAUAUAAAUCUCA